AUGCUCGUGGUCGGUGGCUUGCCGAUGUUCUACAUGGAACUAGCACUAGGACAGUUCCAUCGCUCCGGAUGUAUUAGCAUCUGGAAAAAAAUUUGUCCAAUGUUUAAAGGCAUCGGUUAUGGUAUUUGUUUUAUAUGUACGUUUAUUGCUUGUUUCUACAAUGCCGUUAUUGCGCAUGCUGUAUACUUUGUUUUCAGUUCCUUGCAGGUAACAAUUGGCAAUUUUCCAAAUCUGCAUAAAGAGGCUAAAUGA